AUGGACCGGAAAUUAAAAUUUGUAAAAGAAGCGCGGGGGAGGAAAAAUUCAUUCCCACACUUAGACAUAUUUGGAGUAUCAUUGACUUCAGCUUGCCCUAACACUAUUCGACCAAACCUCCCUUUUCUCCUUCGUUCUCUGCCUCCGACAAAAACCAUCCUCCUCUUCGUUCUCCGCCUCCGACCACAACCCUCCUCCUCUUCUCCAUUCUCCGGCUACAAUCACAACCCUACCCUCCUCGUCCUCCUCCUUUUCCGCCUCGGACCAGCUCCUCUGCUCGAAGACGGUGAAGAGAAUCAGCCUCUUCGUUCUCCCCAUCCGACAAAAACCAUCCUCCUCUUCGUUCUCCGCCUCCGACCACAACCCUCCGCCUCGUCUUCGUUCUCCAGCUACAAUCACAACCCGACCCGCCUCGUCCUCCUCCUUUUCCGCCUCGGACCAGCUCCUCUGCUCGAAGACGGUGAAGAGAAUCAGAGAUGGAGGUCGGGCUUUUGGAGAAAAUUUGAGCUUUUUGUCUUAGGAUUUGUGUUUCAUCUACCGAAGCUUUGUGGGCUGCAUUCGAGCUUUCUGGGCAUUCAUGUUCUGAGCUUUCUGGGCAUUCUCCAUAUCUGGUUUGCUCUCUCUCGAUUCUUCUCAUUGUUUGUGAUUGAUUUUGGGAAAUUUUUGCGCUUUUGUUGAGUUAUAGGUUUGGAUUUUGCAGAGGAGACUU